AUGGCGGAUCUGCAUCAACAGCUUACCACCAUGAGGCAGUCGUUGCUAGAUGAGGAACUCCUGGACGAGCAGUUUGUUCAGCUGGAGGAACUUGAGGCUGAGGGCAACCCCAACUUCGUGGUAGAAGUUUUUUCCUUGUAUUUCCGGGACUCUACCAAGACCCUGGAAUCUGUCGGGCAAAUGCUGGAGAAGACACCUGUUGAGUUUGACAAGGUGGACAGGGCUCUUCACAUGCUGAAGGGCAACAGCGCCAGCGUCGGUGCUUACAAAGUUGUGACUGAAGUGAAUCGCAUGAGGGAUCUCAUCGAAGAGAAGAAUCCGGAGAGUUGCAACGCCACUUAUGAGCAGCUGAAGAAGGAGCACGACGUGCUCAAGGGGAAGAUGGAAGCAUAUCUCCAGCUGCUGAAGGAAGCGGAAGCUGCCGAGAAGCCUAGCCAGGGUGGCGGCGGCGGCGGCGAUGACGACGAGGACCCGAUGAGCAGCACAGAGAGCUCCUGAAGGCAGAUGGAGCCUCCUGGCAGAUCAGUAGGACUGGAAUAAAGUUGGCGUCUGUUGUUUCCGUUAAAUGUGUCGUCGACUGGGCCUGUCGUUUUGGCGGGGACAGUCUCGUUCAUUUGCCUUUGCGUCUAUCGUGUCGGAGACCCUUUUUGAGGGUGUUCCUGUUGUGAGUCGUUUUGUUUCUGUAAUGAGGGGCUUCCCUAUGUUCUAGGAUGUCCGCCUCUCCUGUUGUUUCCUUUGGUCUUGUCUUGUGUCUAAUGAGAACUUCCUCUGGUCUGCCAUAAAAUUAUUGAGUCCUAAAAUCGUUGCUUGGGUUCCUCUAAUCAUCAUUUUAUGGUUUAGACUA